AUGGCGUCUCCUGGAGAACCCGUCCUGUGGAGUUUGUAUGUCUACGCUCCAAACCAAGGAGCGCCCAUUUUCUUCAUCAUCGCCUAUGGCUUCUCCGCCAUCUUCCACAUGUGGCAAUGCGUCCGCUACCAGGCAUGGAAGCUGAUGUGGCUGCAUUCGGUCUGCGCCGUCUCCUUCACCCUCGGCUACGCCCUGCGAAAAUGGGGAGCCCACAACUACCUAUACCUCCCCACCGACAAAACACCCUUGAUGGUCUUCGUCCUCAGCCAAGUAUUCAUCUACAUCUGCCCCCCCCUCCUCGAACUCUCCAACUACCACGUCCUCGGCCGCAUCUUCUCCUACAUCCCUUACUGCGCGCCCCUUCCCGCCAGCCGAGUCCUAGCCACCUUCGGCGGGCUGAUGGCCGUGGUGGAGGCGCUCAACGCCGUGGGCGUAGCCCUCGUCGCCAACCCGUCCGGCAGCGCGCAGGGCCUCGGCACGCGGUUGACCCUCGCCGCCCUCGCCAUCCAGGUGGUGGUGAUUGUCAUCUUUGUGGCCAUGGCCGCGCUGUUUCAUCGGCGCUUUGCUCGGGCGGGGUUGCUGCGGCGGAGUGCGAGGGGGGUGAGGGCGGUGCUGUUGGUGUUGUAUGCGAGCUUGAUGCUGCUCAAUUCGUGGUUGUGGAAUGUCUGGCAUCCGGGGCGGUUCCUGCCGCGGGAUCAUCACGUCUACCUGGCUGAGGACGGGACGGAGGUGACGGGCGACAUUCACGAGGAUUCCAGGCCGCUGUUGGCUAAGACGGCCCAUGUGUUGACGUUUGGUCUGUUGUUUCGCAACAAAAAGGAGGGCGCGCAUCGCAUGCAGGAGUUGGGCGAGUACCCGCCGGGCAGUAGCCAUUAUACUGCCUGA